AAUAUAAGUUCGUGGCAGUCAAAGUUAGGCUUUCUGUGUCUGUACGGAGCGCUCCUGCAGUAGGUGGCUGUACGCGGCGCGCGCUGAACGCUCCUUCACCGUCCUGUCAAUAAAACACUCCACGAGCCGAGCGAGACUCAUUACGCGCAGAUCUGCGUGUUUAUUUAAUCCACAUUCCCCCUCAGUUACUGAUCGCGUGUCUUGAUUCGGAUUGUUGAAGCCGCGCGCUGGAGGGACACUUGGAGAGACUUUGUUGGCGAUCGUGCUACCGGACUCCUGCGCGUCUGCUUCACCUUGUGGCACAAUGUUGCUCUAAACCACAGUGUCUUUUUCACGCAGAGUGGAUUUUUUGGGUCUCGAUCGUGCCGUGGGUCCGUGUGUGUGUGUGUUUCUGAAGACCAGGCACGCUCCUCCUGAUCGGGUGUUUUCUCAUUGCGAUCUGUUUCCAUGUUUUUAGGUUUAUGUGAUAUUUUUAAAAAUGCAUCAUCACCAUCAUCAUCCCCAUCAUCAUCAGAGAAUGGCCGCGUUAGGGACGGAUAAAGAACUGAGCGAUUUGCUGGAUUUCAGCGCGAUGCCAAACAGCGAUUUGAAAAUGUUCCCCACACCAAUGAUGUUUUCCCCUCCUGUCAGCAGCGGGAAGAACGGACCGACGUCUCUGGGAAGCGGACAUUUCUCUGGCUCAAAUCUGGAAGACAGAGCGAGUUCGUCUUGGGGGAAUGGAGUUCGUGCCACAAAGAAUUACGCUGAUGGCUCUCAGUACGGUCACAUGGCCAGUCGGGACCUGGGGUCACAUGACAGCAUCUCUCCGCCGUACACCAACUCCAGAUUAGCAGGUAAAACGGAGCGAGCGUCAUAUUCUUACGGACGGGACCCCAGCAUUCACGGCUGUCAGUCGAGUCUCAUGGGAGGCGAGGUGGGGAUGGUCAGUCCGGAGACGGUGUCUCCCACCAAACUGGGCUCCCAGUAUUACCAGCAUUACGCAGGAAACCCGCGGCGACGAGCCCUUCACAGUGACUCCAUGGAAGUCCAGACGAAAAAGGUUCGGAAAGUUCCUCCCGGAUUGCCCUCAUCAGUAUACGCCCCGUCCGCCAGCACUGCCGAUUAUAACCGGGACUCACCAGGUUACCCAUCCUCUAAAGCACCGGGCAGCAGCUUUCCUGGUUCCUUCUUUAUGCCAGACGGUCAUCAUAGUACAGACCCAUGGAGCUCAUCCGGCAGUAUGAACCAGCCCGGAUACAACAGCAUGCUGGGAAACUCCACACACAGCGCUCAGAGCAGCAGCUACUGCGGCAUGCAUCCACACGACAGACUCAGUUACCCGUCACACUCGUCAGCUGAGAUCAACCCCAGUCUUCCUCCCAUGUCCAGUUUCCAUCGCAGCGGCGGGACGAAUCACUACAGCGCGGCGUCCUGCUCCGCCACCACUAACGGGACAGACAGCGUCAUGGCGAAUCGAGCGUCAAGCAGAGCGGUAAGCAGCUCACAGACGGGAGACGCGUUAGGAAAGGCUCUGGCUUCAAUCUAUUCCCCCGAUCACACCAAUAACAGCUUCUCAUCCAACCCGUCCACUCCUGUGGGAUCUCCUCCCUCGCUCACAGCUGCCAGUACAGCCGUCUGGUCCAGAAACGGUCAGGGAGCCUCGUCCCCGAGUUACGAGCCGCCACUGCACUCGCUGCAGAGUCGUAUCGAGGACAGGCUGGAGCGUCUGGACGAUGCGAUCCACGUGUUGCGCAGUCAUGCGGUCGGUCCGUCCACAGCGAUGCCCGGCACUCACGCAGACAUGCAUGAACUGGUCACUCCGUCUCACUCUCACAACGGAGCCAUGGGCGGCCUGAGCGCCGGAUACAGCGGCGGACUGCUGCCCUCCAACAGACACUCGCUCAUGGUGGGAGGCCAUCGUGAGGACUCUGUGGGUUUGAGGAGCGGUCACUCCAUCGUGGCCAAUCAGGUGUCAGUAUCGCAGCUUCCUGUGCAGUCGGCCACUUCCCCCGACCUCAGCCAGUCUGAUCCGUACAGGGCGCUCUCCGGAGGUCUGCAGGGUCAGAGCACCUCGUCUGUGAGCUCGGAGAUCAAAUCUGAAGACGAGGGAGACGAGAACCUGCAGGACGGAAAAUCUCUGGAUAGCAAGAAGGAGGACGUGGACGGCAAGGAUCUGAAAGCUCUAGAGAGCAACAACGACGACGAGGAUCUGACUCCGGAGCAGAAGCUGGAGCGGGAGAAGGAGCGGCGCAUGGCUAAUAACGUGCGGGAGCGUCUGCGCGUGCGCGACAUUAACGAGGCCUUCAAAGAGCUGGGCCGCAUGGUGCAGCUGCACCUGAAGAGCGACAAACCCCAGACCAAGCUGCUGAUCCUGCAUCAGGCCGUCGCCGUCAUCCUCAGCCUGGAGCAGCAGGUCCGAGAGCGCAAUCUCAACCCAAAGGCGGCGUGUCUGAAGAGGCGGGAAGAGGAGAAGGUGUCAUCGGACGGUGCUCCGCUCUCAUUGGCCGGCGGUCACCACAGCAUGGGCGAGGCGUCCAAUCCCAUGGGACAAAUGUAAAGAGCCACACCCCCGUAAAUGGUCGAAGCUGCCGGAAUUCAUCAAAAUGAUGAGCGAUCACUUUCUUUGACAGCAUCAUUUCUGCCCCUGAACUUCCGUCAAACAAUCAAUGAACCAAUCGAACGAACUUCCAUCCAAACCGACCACCUCCUGCGUGUUCCCGUUCCUGACCGCGUCUGUGAGGAUUUAUCCUGUAAAUUAGGGAGUUGCGCAGGAUUUGUUGUGCAUAUCUUCCUCCGAGCAUUCCCUGUUGCAAAAGAGGACGUUUUUUUAUGUGCGAACACUCAAAUAAAAAGAGCGACGGGACGAUUCUUCAAACAUAUCAUGAUGUUGUGGAGGUGUGCGAACUUUUGUAGCUGUGCCUCGCGGAACUCCUUACGGAAAAACAACAGAAGAGAAUUAGGAAAUUCCCAAUCAGUCGGGACGAGAGGAGCUGUCAAUCAAACGACCAAGAUGGGAUUCGGCUGCAGAAUUUGACAAAACCCUUCAAACCUUUGCAAUAAUGUUGUUUUAGUUCUUUUGAAACCAGCAGAUCCCGACAGUGAACAUUCAGAGGCCGUUCUGGAGCCGCUUUGGGCUCGCUUUACACACUUUUGCUCCGGUCGACUAAGAGCCGAUCACCUAUGGAAGGUCAUUUCUCUCCGUUUAUUCGUUUGUUUCUAGCCAUCGACUCUCCCGAAGCCCUCCCCGACCCCGAAGAUGCAAUUUUAACAUGUCGAAACGUCAACCAACGUGCCUUUUAGAGCUCAUAUCAUCACAGAACUGGAGGAGAACAUUAUCUAGGAUGCAAGCGUAUAGGAAGCGUUAGUCAUUAGGUCUAUGCAGUCAGGUUUUUUACGGCCUGGAGUUUAAAAAAAAAAAAGUAAAAA